AUGGAGGUCAUUACCUAUAAAGGUCAAACGAGCGGCGGUAGGCGUGGCGAAUUUCAAUCUGUUAGCCAACGGCGGAUUGGUCCAAACCAAGUUGGACUUGAACUUUCCACCACUGGGGAUUGUCAUUUCAUUUUACUAAUUGAGGAGGAAUUAGCGAGGGCUGCUGGCCUGCCAACUAAAUUAAUGCUCGCGUUUAAUCAAGCCGCAUCAUCCGCACUAACCUAUUUACGCUCUACCCUGGUGCUAUCCCGCCUGCUUAGGGAGGCCCCCCACGUUCAGAAAUUGUGUGGGGGUCCGCGUUCGCUGCAACUUCUGGCAGCCCCGGAGUUAGGAGCUAUAAAAGUUUUGGAGGCUGACAAGGAUUGGAUAUCGCUGCACCCGCGAAGUUAAUAUUCAGCAUGCCUCCGACUUCCCGGUCGAUACUUCUCUUGUACUCCUAUCGUAUAAUGUCCUCUCUCUAUUUGCAAGGUUUCGUUGUUUUCAACCCGCAUACUAGUGGAACGAAAACAUUUAAU